GGGAAAGUGAUUCCCGCGGUCGCUCGACUGAAGUUUCUCGCGAAUUUCUCUGGUUUCCCCCCGCCUGUCCUUCAGAUCGAAUGCCUGAAGCUAACCCAAGAGCAGCCGGACCUCUCAAACUCGCUGGAACAUUUCUCCAAACAAAAAAUAAAGGCGGAUGUGCCCAGAUUGGGUUUUUUUUAAAUCCCUGGGGAAAACGGGAAGCUGCAGAUUUGGGAUUGGACCCGAGCGGGAGGUCUUCUGCUUUCAGCGAGAUCUCUGAAUAAAGUUCAGAAAGGAUGGCUGUGCAAGGAGGCGCAUUGACACCGUUUACCAUCCACGACAUCCUCACCCGGGGCAGCGAGGCGCGGCUGGCUCGGAGCUCCCUCCAGGAGCGGGUGAAAGUCGAGCCCCGCGGCUUGAAUCAGGACCGGGAGAAGCGGACACCCCUCAUCGUCAUCCGGCUCGAUCAGAAACAGGGAGACUCGUUGACGGGAGACUCGAUGGGAAGAGAGAGCCCGCAGCCGCCGCCCCACGCGUUGAACGGCGAGGAACAGCCCGGCGAGAAAGGAAGCGGCCGGCUCUGCGUGGAGUCUUUCAACGAAGAAUCCAACGAAGGAAGUAAUUGGGAAAAUAACGCCGAAAAGUUUGAUAAAGACCCAGAGCGUCAGACGGCGACAGACGACGAGGAGAAACCCGAGAGGCUUCUACCAACCGACCCAGCCGGGAAACCCGGUAAGAAACGCUCCCGGGCCGCCUUCUCUCACGCUCAAGUUUUUGAGCUGGAGCGAAGAUUCAAUCACCAGAGAUACCUGUCGGGCCCUGAGAGAGCCGAUUUGGCAGCCGCUCUCAAACUCACGGAGACGCAGGUCAAAAUCUGGUUUCAAAAUCGAAGGUACAAGACCAAGAAGAGACAGAUGGCUGCCGAGUUGGUAGUUAAUUCAGCGCCCGCUGCCGCUAAGAAAGUAGCUGUCAGGGUACUGGUCCGAGAUGACCAGAGACAGUACAGUCCGGACGAGCUGGGAAAUCCGCAUCUGCUUUCGCUCUAUCAAGCUUACCAAUACUACCCUUACAUGUACUGCCUUCCCGCCUGGCCCCCGCCGGUCAUCCCUCUGUGUGGAGGAACGCAUUGAAAAGACGUUGGGCGGCGAAUGAGGGACAGGGGCGGAGGAAAUGUGACAAAAAUAACGCAGAUUUCAAAGAUAUUUUUCUAAAAUAUGAAAUGGAACCCCUCCCCAUCUAAAAUAAUCCUGCAAUUGCCUGUAACAAGACGCUGGGAUCGCCUCUCGCGUUAACACACAGACAACUUGUUAUUUUACUAAACUCUGUGAGACAACGAUACCGUGUAGGAUCAAGCCCGCCCUUAAUGUCAUUGUUGUUCUCUUGGAGAGGGGGUGUUAGGGAAUGAGUGUGUGGAGAGGCAUAGAGAAUGCGGCGUUAUAUAUACGCGUGUGUGUGUGUGUGUGUGUG